UUUCCAGCAAGUUUAUUAGGCAUUACAGUUCCCCAGAUUCUCUCACUAUUGUUAAUUCGUAUACGCGCAACUUAACAUGGCGGAUGCUCCAGAGACCAAGAGCGACGCGGUAAAGGUAGAAGACGCGCCCAAGGCCGCGCAACAAGUGAAGGACGAUAUCGCAUCUGAUCCCGAGGAAGACGACCUCUCAGACCUCGACGGUUAGUCGCAUGACACCAACCAGCAUGCCGGUUUCUAACGAAAACUGCAGAUGUCCUAGACGAGUUCUCAAACGUGAACAUCAAAAGUGACUCUAAGGUUCCCUCUGCAGCGCCAGCAUCCUCCGGUCCCGGCAGGCCAGAACCCCCUGCGCUCGACCCCGCCGAGACCUUGGUGGAAGAUCAAAAUGAGUUCGAGAAGGAGCUGCAAAAGCAGAUGGAGGCGCUGCUCGGGCAGGAAGGCUUUCCCAAAGAGUUCCAGGACCUGAUGAAGGAGAUGGGCCAGGCGGUGGGCGAGGAUCCUUUGGCUGCUCUUGGAGGAGCAUCGGGCACGGCAGCACCUGGCGUAAGCUCCGGCAAGGCCGAGGGUGAGGCUGCGACCAAAGGCGAGCAGUCGUUCCAGGAGUCGAUACGCAAGACCAUGGAUCGCAUGCGGGAGUCCGGAGAUGCCGCCGGCGCCGCGGCGGCUGCAUCGUCGGACGAUGAUAUCCUUGCGCAGAUGCUGAAGGAGAUGGAGUCUGGCAACUUCGGCGGCGGUGAAGGGAACGAGGAGGAUUUCAGCAAGAUACUGCAGGGCAUGAUGGAGCAGUUGACGAAUAAGGAGAUUAUGUAUGAGCCGAUGAAGGAGUUGAAUGAUAAGUUUCCGGCGUGGAUGGAGGCGAACAAGGACGGCAAGAUAGAUUCAGCCGACUGGAAGCGGUACGAGGAGCAAGCACGGCUGGUGAAAGAGAUUGUAGACAAGUUUGAGAGCAGCGGCUACUCGGAUGAGAGCGCGCAGGACCGAGCGUACAUUGUCGAGAGGAUGACGAAGAUGCAAGACGCUGGCACUCCGCCGCCCGAUCUUGUCGGCGACAUGAACGCGGCGCAAGAAGCCAUGGCGGACUUGGACCAAGGCUGCCCGACACAGUAGAAGUUCAUAGUCUGCCCUUCUUGAUACCCAUCAAAUGUACAUGCGCCGAACCUUCCCUGGCCAUUACUGUGCA